AUGGAUGAUCAACUCCCUCGAUCUCAGAGCGUGCGCAGGACAGUCGGGGCUUACCUGGCGUCGACACUCCUGCUGCUCGUCAGCCCCGCUCUCGCGGCCAUUCCGUAUACCCCCUCCCAUCUCCUAUACUCUCCCCAACAGGAUGCGUCGUUUGCCUAUCUGCUACGGUCUUCCGGCACCGGAGAGACCACGACCACGCAGUUCCUCUCGUUGAAUGUCUCUGGGGAGCUCGAUGCGUCCCGUCCACAGUACACGACUCUACUACCCGAGGCUCCGUUUCGUAGUCGCCACCGUUCGUCAGCCAUUGUUCCCGUCAUCGACCAGCAUGGGGUCGUCAAAGUCUAUACGGGGGACUGUCAUGCAGACCUUCGUCAAUCUACGUUGUGGCAGUUCACCGCCGAUGCCAAUAGCUCGAUCGGAAACGGUACAUGGGAGGAAUUUGCGCUGGAGGACGAGACAAAAACCAACCUUCAAGGACCGAAUUUCUUGUCGACUGGGUUCGCCUACGCGUUCUCCAGCAGCUCCAACAGCUCGGUUUAUUCCUUUGCGGGCAUGUGCCCCCAACUCCUAGGCCCCGGUCCAACGUGGGUAACCGCCGCCAACUAUUCUCGGUCCAUGACGGUCUUGAGCCAGACGGUCUCGGAUCGCAACACGACUUAUAAAGCCUCCACCACCGGCGACCGCGCACCGCCUAUCGCAGAAGCCGGGUUUUCGGUCACGCCGCUGCAGGUAUCCUACUCGUCGACGGCGUCGGGUAAAUUAUUACAGCAACAGGACUUUCUGUUGAUAGGCGGCCACACGCAGCAGGCGUUUCUCAACAUGUCGCAGCUCGCUAUAUUCUCGCUUCCACAGGGCAGUUGGAGCUUUGUCACGGUCGAUUCUGUGCGUGACAAAGCUAAAAUUGAGCUCGCCGUCCGUGAGACGCCGGCGGUCGAACCCAGGUCCGGUCAUACAGCGGUCCUCUCCCCGGAUGGAAGCAAGGUGAUCGUGUUUGGGGGAUGGGUUGGUAAUACGAGUGUCCCAGCUGAGCCUCAGCUGGCCAUCCUGGAGAUCGGUGCGGAAUACACAGGCUCUGGGGACUGGGCAUGGCGCUUGCCGUCUCCAAAGGGCACUAGCCUGGGUCUGGCACCAGGCACGGGGGUGUACGGCCAUGGGGCCACGAUGCUUCCCGGUGGCGUGAUGGUGAUCGCUGGCGGAUAUCACAUUUCGAAGUUGUCCAAACGGAUAGACAGCGAGCCGCAACGGAGCUCUCAAGUACUCCUGUACAACGUUACCUCGAACACUUGGAUACCUUCUUAUACUAAUCCGGACACAUUACACCACGACCGAAGCACCCCUAAGCCCACCAAUACCAUGUCAGCUGCGACAGCCGCUCCGACAGCCCCUGAGCCUUCUUCCAAUUCCUCUUCGUUGCGCAAGGUCGGUCUCGGGACGGGUCUCGGGAUAGGCAUCCCGGCCGCCGCAGGGCUGGCGAUUUUCCUGUGGCUCUCCUACCGCAAGCGCCAUGUCCGCCAAAGUCGAGACCAAGAGCUCCGCCAGCUAGCCCUAGGGGCGCAGCGACCUCAUUUCUGGGGCCGGGACGAAACCGACAUCGCCAGCAGCAUCCGCAAGCCGCCCACGCGAGGGGGCGAUGCACGCAACGCUUACCCAUGGACCCGCAAUGACGGGUUUGGCGGGGCGUCGAACUGGAGAGACCACGGCGAGAUCGCAGCAGAAAGAACGGGCCUGCUCAUGGAUGUGCCGGGCCCGUCGAGAUUCCCUCGCCUCAAUCCGAACAUGCGAAUGUACCGGCCCCCAUUGUACGACAUGGAGCACAGGAGGGGGGAUGCAGUCCACGACAUCCAUCGAAUCGACGAACGCGAAGAAGACGAAACGCGCAGUUUACAGCGAAUGACGACGUGCGAAUCUGGCUACCCUCACACCGAGGCGAGCUUUGUGACGCCCCGCAGCACUCGCCGGGAAUCCGAACCGGCCAGUCCGUCUGGAUCCCGCGACCAGGAGUUUGUCUCCCACGCGGAUGGGCGGUCAAUAUCGCCGGACAGAAGAAAUCGCGUCCUACCAGACUUAUCCAUAAGCCAGCCCAGUAGCGGGCGGGUGUCUCCCGAGAAACCUGGGUCCGCGUCCGCGCACAGCAAGGCUUUCUCCCAGGACAAACGAUACUCCUCCGACUCCUACUCAACCGCCAACACCACACUCUCCCAGCGUCAAGCCGAAGGCGAACAUCUCCUCCGCGAAGACGACGCCGAGCCUACCUCCCCUGUCGGCAUGUUCCUCAAACCACUAUUCAUUCCCAAACCCCGAGCCGCAGAAUGGCUAGGAAACGUCCGGCGCGUUUUGUCCGCAACGCGCAAAUGGCCCACAAGUCCCGAGACAACAGAACCAGAACCAAUAACAGCGGGCAUGGCCUCCGGCGUCGACCGCCGCAGCACCGUCCUAGGGUCCCCUCCCAAAAGAUCCACCGCUGACUCCCGACUCCCCCGACGCUCCGUCAGCGCCUCGGCGGAACUCCUCCGCCGCAAACAAGGAGCCCGCGACUGGAGCGCCGGGAACAGUUUCUCGCGCGACAUGACAAAUUUACAUCCCUUACCCUCAACACGCGACGACUUCGCCCUCGCCGUAGACCAGGAAGGCGACUGGGACGUCGAGGGCGCUGCGGAGGGCCGCCGCGUGCAGGUUACGUUUACGGUUCCAAAGGAGAAAUUGCGAGUCGUUAAUGCUACCGCGGGGGAUAUGGAUGAUAUUUCGGAGGUAAAUUCAAGAAAUAGGGUGAGAUAG